CUGAACUGAUGAGAAACGUUCUCUCUUUAUUGCAGAUAAUUUAGUUUUGAUUACUUGUUCUGCCUUUUUUUUUAUAGAUUUUCUGUCUCAAGUGAAGUUUCCUGUGAUGAUUCUAACAGACGCAUCAUGGCAACGGCAGAAUCAGAUUUUGAGAUGAGGGUUGUUCUUCUGGGGAACAGCUGGUCUCAACGGAAUUUAGUGGGAAACUUAAUGAUGGGCGGGAAUGUGUUCGAGGCAGACAAAGAUCCACACUUUCAGUCAGUCAGAGGACGGUGGAGGGAGAACAAAGUAAUAACCGUCAUCAACACUCCUGAUCUGCUGCUUUCCAAAAUCUUUGAUGAUAGACUGAAAAGACAUUUGGAAAAAUGUGCUAGACUCUCUGCACCUGGACCCCAUGUAUUCCUGCUGGUUCUACAGCCUGAAGAUUUCACUGAACAACACAAACAGAGGCUCUACAGAGUCCUUCAACACUUUGGUGGUCAGUCAUUUGAUCAUUCACUGGUUCUGAUCUCAACACCCAGUGAGAAGAGUUUAGGCUACAAUCAUGUGAUCAAUCCACACUUACAAGAAAUAAUUACACUGUGUGGAAACAGAUACUUGAUGCAGGAGAACCUUAAACAUCAAGAGCUGGAAACACGUUUGGAUCAAAUUUUUGAAAAAAAAAACAGAGAGCAUCUGAGCCUGAAUCCUUUCAAGGACCAAACAACUGCUGGGUUGACAACAAGGAUGGAUAUCAGCACUUCAAGUCCAGCGCCAAAUCUCUGUGUUGUGUUGUUUGGCAAAAGUGAUGAAAAAAAAACAACACUGGGAAACUUAAUUGUUGGGAGAAGGCAGUUUUAUAACCUAAAAUCCUUUACAAACAAUAAGUGUGAGGUUGCCAAUGGAGAGUGGAAAGGGAAACAGUUAACAGUUGUGAAAACUCCAGACAUUUUCAAUCUGUCCAUAGAAACAGUGAGACAAGAAAUGAGAAGCUGUGCAGAGUGCUGUCCUCCAGGACCAAAUGUCCUGCUUCUAUUAGUGAAGCCUUCUGAUUUCACUGAAGAGAACAGACAAACUCUGAAGUUCAUCCUGAGUUUGUUUGGUCAAGAUGCCUUAAAUUACUCGAUGCUCAUCAGCACACAUGAGGUGGAAGGAGCAGGAAUCUCUUUCAGCCGUCUUCUUAAAGACUGUGGAGAGAGACACUACAGCAUAGCUGAAAACAACCAUUUGUUAAUGAUGGAGAAGAUAGAAAACAUUGUGCAUGAAAACAGAGGAGCCUUCCUCACCUUCACUGAAGAGUCCAUAAGACCAAAGUCUGAAUACAACAAGGCAGCUUUAAACCUGGUUCUGUGUGGAAGGAGAGGAGCAGGGAAGACUUCAGCAGCUGAGGCCAUUUUAGGUCAGACAGGCCUUCAUUCAGUCUCCAACUCAUCAGAGUGUGUUAAACAUCAGGGUGAGGUGAGCGGACGUCGGGUUUCCCUGGUGGAGCUUCCUGCCUUGUAUGGAAAACCUCUGGAAGAAGUGAUGGAGGAAUCGUUCAGAUGCAUCACCCUCUGUGAUCCUGAGGGUGUCCAUGCCUUCAUCCUGGUGCUACCUGUGGGUCCACUUGCUGAUGAAGACAAGAAAGAGUUUAAGACCUUCAUAAACACAUUCAGCUAUCCAGUCAAUGACUUCACCAUGGUUCUGUUCACUGUCGAGUCAGAUCCGUCAGCUUCAGCAGUUGUCAACUUUGUACAGAAAAACAAAGACAUCCAGGAUCUCACUCAGAGAUGUAGAGGAAGUUUUGUUCUCGACAUCCGUGAUCAGCAGCAGAUUCAAGAGCUGUUUGACAAUCUAGAGAAACAUAGACCUGGGAUGAAAAACAAACUACUCAGCUACACAACAGAAACAUUGAGACAUGCCCUAAUAGAAAGGGUCGACACACUACAGGCAGAGCUUAAGGACCUGAAAACAACAAGGAUAACCAGAAGUGGUGAUGAUGAGAAGUUAAGUCAAGAGAGUCUCAGGAUUGUGCUGAUAGGGAAGACUGGCUGUGGGAAGAGCUCUUCAGGAAACACCAUUCUGGGAAAAAAGACAUUUGUGUCUAAACUAGGCCAAAAGUCUGUCACCAAGCAUUGUCAGAAAGAACACUGCAAGGUGGAUGGGCAUCCAGUCACUGUGGUCGACACUCCUGGUCUGUUUGACAAUAGCUUGUCUCAUGAAGAGGUUUAUGAAGAGAUGAUUAAAUGCAUCAGUCUUCUGGCUCCAGGACCACACGUCUUCCUGUUGGUGUUAAGCAUCGGCAGAUUUACAACAGAGGAGCAGGAGACAUUACAACUCCUCAAGAAAGUCUUUGGGAGGAAUGCUGACAAGUUCACCAUUGUUCUUCUAACUGGAGGAGAUUCAUUAAAGCAUGAUAACAUGUCCACUGAAGAAUACAUUGCAACAGGAUGUGAUGAAACAUUUAAGCAACUGCUUGCUGACUGUGGAGGAAGAUACCAUGUGUUUGAUAACCGCGAUGACAUAGACAAAACUCAAGUCAGUGAGCUGAUAACUAAGAUUGAAGAAAUGGUGAGAACUAAUGGAGGCAGCUGCUACACCAAUGAGAUGCUGCAAGAAGCUGAAGCUGCUAUAAAGAAAGAAACGGAGAAGAACCUGAAAGAGAGGGAAGAAGAGAUGAAGAGAGAGAUGGAGGGACUUAAAAGAAAACAUGAAGAUGAAAUGAAAGCCAUGAAAAGAAGAAUGGAAGAACAAAGAGCUGAAACUGAAAAGCAGAGAAAGAUCAGGGAAAUACAACUUGAGGAAAACAUCAACAAAGAAAAAGAAGUUAGAAGGAAAGAACAGGAAAAAAGAGAAGAAGAAGACAUGAUGAGAAAACAAAAGGAAGAAAUUCAAAGACAGGAAUGGAAACAGAAACUUGCCAAUUUGGAGAAAAAGAAACAGUCAGAAUCGGAGCAAGAUGACACCAUUGACCGAAGGCUGGAGGAAGCUAGAGAAGAACUGAAAAAAGAAAGAGAUAAGUGGGAGAAAAAACUUAAAGACUGGUGGGAGGAUCGAUUUCAGGAAAAUGAACAGAUACGAUAUGAGGAAGAAAUCAAACGAAAAAAGCUCCAAGAGGAAUACAAAAAGGAGAGAGAAGAGAAUGAAAAGAAAAGACAAGAAGAGGACCGAAUUGGAAAGCAACAAAAGGAAAGAGAGAAAAAAGCCAUUGAGGAAAAAUAUAAGAGUCUGAGGAAAACCUAUGAAGAGGAAGCCAGAAAUAAAGCUGAAGAGUUCAAUGACUUCAAACAGAAAUGUGCAGCUCUGAAGCAGGAGCUUGAGAAACAGAUGGAAGAACGAGAUGAGAGGUAUGACCUCUUACAUGCACUUUUUGACUAUAACGAAGAACACCAAAAGAAAAAACAUCGAGAGGAACUCUACAGCGUCGUAAAAUGUGUCACCAGAAAGAAAGAAAAUAUGCAAAAAGUCAACAAACUACUGAAACAACACAAAAAAGACAUGAAGACGUUAGAAACUGAAGAGGACAAAAAAUCCCUGCAAGAAACUCAUGAGAAUGAAAUAACUAAUCUGUUACAGGAACUCACAGAUCAAGUGAACGCAUCGCCAUGUAAGGUUUCAUGAGGUUUCCUUCAUGAAGAAGUAACAACGACACAGCAGUUUGUUUACUGUCCUCGAACUCCGUUUCAAUUUGGUUUUCAAAAACAGAAAUGUAUAUGAAUUGAAGAUUGACAUACACUGCAAUGCAUUCUGUUGCCAAAGAAAAACUGCUCGUCGGCUGUCAGGUGUUUAAACACCAGCCUAUGCAACAUAGAUACCAAGUUCACACAGGACAUAAGUACCAAGAAAAAUAUACUAACAAGAUCAAAUCUCUGAUAUGACACUAAAAGAGUUGCUCAAUAACAUGAUCUGGAGAAAUAUGGAAUAUGUUACUAACCGUUGAGUUAUGAAAGAGAUAUUUUGGACUACUCUCUGACUAUUUUCUUGUUCCUUUUAUUUGUUCAAUAAGGCCUGAACUUAUUAUUCGGUUGACAUGCGUUGCACUUGUACGCGCAUUCAUGUGCCAUCUUGUCCAGCUACAGUUCAGGCGUCGUGGUUAUGUGUGGAUUGAAGGCAUAUCACUGAGGAUUUGGCAAACGGCUUUAUAAAGCGUAAUAUUUUGAUUAAUAACAGGUGGGUUUCAUGUAUCUUUGAGUUUAUUAGACACCUGCACUGAUCCCCCACAGUGCCCACUUAUAGACUAUACUAAGGACGAUAAUUUUAUAUUUGAACUUUGGUUGUCAGGCUUUUAUUGUCAAACUCACUUUAUGUACUAUUUCUUUAACAUUUGAGGCCUUUGUCACUAAAAAUGUUUUUAAUCUGUAAUUUACAGAACAUAUUCAGGUGUGUUGUCAGGUUGACUGUGUAAGAUCAUCAUUACAACGCAUGUUUGUGUCAUUAUUAAUAAUUCUAGUUCAGAAAUAUCUCAGCAGAAACUCUGCUCAGCCAAUGGAGAUUGCUUGCAUUUCUUAUUUUAAUACGAGUAAGAACAUACAUUUAUAGACGUUUUUUUAUGAUGACUUUCUUUGUUUUGCUUCUGGUCACUUGAGAAUCAAUGCUCUAUAGUAGAUAACAUCAAUUCAAGACAAAAGUUGAAUGCUUUGUGAUGGAAUUUUGGUUUCUGUGUAUUGUUUUAAAAUAUAAAUACAGUGUUUUCCUAAAAUGUUGUGUAGACUGGUUUUAUUUUCAAACUAUGUGAUGCAAUGGAGACAAUGUAUAAGGAAAGGGGUUCUACUCUAGACCGAUCAACUUUUCUAUCCAUCUAUUUGGGUUAUUUUUUGAUACAAGGGUAAAACUGUAACUGUGGAUACUCCAUCCAUUAUCUUUUACCACUUUUUCCCGUUCGUGGUAGCGGGG